ACUGUGUCACUCUAUUGAAAAUUGUUAUUCAGAUUGCAAAUCACGGAAUAAUCUUAUCAACUCUGAUUGAGAUAUACAGUAGUUCUGUAAAUCGAUAAGACACAUUGGAGUUUUAAAAAAACCCAAAACUUUAAAUGUGAUGUAUGCUAUGUUUACCUGCACCAGAAAUCCCGAUUUGGAAAUCAACUUUCGAUUUCUCUUUGGACAUCGCAAGGUAGCUAACGAUCAAAAUGUGGAAUAUAAGUAUAAAUGAAUGUCCGUACGAUCACUGGGGAAGAGCAGCAAGAUCUGCAUGUAGUUCAUCUGAACGAUUCCAUUGCUUAAAAGACGACAUUGGACGAAUUGGAUGGAUAUGUGCUGAACCGAUAUGGGUUGAAGGCGGUAGAUGUCCAGUUUACAACUCCAGAGCAGAGAUGCUUCAUACCACACCAUGCAUUGGAGAGAAGUGUCCAUCAUCGAAUUAUCGCUCAAAUGAUAUCUAUACCAAACAUUCAUGCCGGGUGAACAAAUACACUGAGAGUGAUGGAAAUAAUUCUACAAACAAUACUCAUACCACAGAAAUCAAUCAAUCCACCCACACGAAUAGUUCCAUGUACAUAUUUGGAGGAGUUGGUGUUGCAUUGAUUUUUGUUAUCAUUGGAGCUGUCACAAUCCUGCUUGUGAAAAGGCGACAGCCAUCCCAGUUCUACAGAACUCCAUCGUCAAGAACAUUAUGGGGAGGAACGUAUUGCCUUGAUGGUUCCAUCAAGUACAAAAUAUACUCAAGCUCAACACUAUCUUGAAACAAAUCAUUUUGUCGCCUUGAUAGGGAUCGAAGGAUCUGGAAGAACACAUUUGGCAAAACAAUUGGCAGAAAACAUGAAGAAAUAUGCGACAUGUUGGACCAGCGAUAGUCAGGAUUUUGAACGUGACACGUAUUCAAGCGAUAGAAAACUAUUUAUUUUAGAUGAUGUGUUUUAUGUACUUCAGAAUGAAGAUGAAGUUAAGACCGUCGCAUCUAAAGUAGAAAAGCUGUAUCAGACAGCACAGUCGUCUUACGUCAUUGUCACUGUGCCAUCUUAUAUAUGGAAAAGAUAUUCAGAUACGUUUUCUGAUAAAGAGUCGUUUAAGUCUCAUGUAGAUUUAAAUACCUUAAGCGAAGAAGAAAGAAAUGGUAUUCUAACAAAGCAUCUACACCUAAAUCAUAUUAGAGAUGACGAAAAUGCGCACGGAAGUGCCCUCUUCAUAAGAAAGGAGGUUAAAUCAGCUAUUAUUGAUUCUGCAACCUGCAUGUCGAUUGGAUUUCCCUCCUGUGUGGCAUGGAUCAGCAAAAUGCGGGAUCAAAAUGAUAUCCACGAAGCAGACAGGUUUAUGAAACUUCCUGUAUCCCGGAUAAGAAACGAAGUGAGAUUUUUACAGAAUUCUAAGAGAAAUGGAGACAAGAAAAUGUUUUUAUUAUUGGCUUAUACUGCUCUUUCUGGCGGUAUGUUGGAUAUAACGCAAGUUGAUAAAGAAUUCCUCCAUCUUCUAGCUACGACGCUGUACCCUAAUGAUGACCAUAAUGAGUUUUUAGAUGAUUUUGAACCAAGUCUCCAUGCUUUAGAGGAAAGGUACAUAAAGAAACAAGCUACCGGAAAGUAUGAAUUUCAACUGGAUGUAGUGAGAAAAAUAGUCUUUGUAGUAGCCUUUGAAAAUAACAUGCACGUUUUAAAAGAGAACUUGAAUAAAGAUUUGUUGAAACGACAUGCUGUCGAAAGAAAUAAAUUUCCUAUCGCUUUGGACGUUGAAGUUGCCAAAUGUUUUGUCAAACUCUAAUUUAUUAAAGUCGUUACACAUUGUAAUUCCUAGUAUAUGGAGUUCACGCUUCAUUGGGAAAGACGUCGAGUCCUGAACACGACCGAACGCGACCGACCCGGAUUAUUGAAAUAGGACAUGUCUCUGUUAAUUCCCAGUGCUCGAAAUUCGCUGAUUUUCGAAACUAGAUCGCGAGUUACGAUAUUUGAAAAUUGACAAAACAAAGGACCCUGAGUUUUGUGUUGGGAGUCAGUAGAGUACACGUACAUAUAUAUAUCUAUGAAACUUCACCUAGGACUAGUAGCGUCUCGAUAUGAAUGAUCUCUAUGUAAAUUUUCUUGAUGGGAUGAGUAAUUAUUUGUGAUGCAUGUAGAUGUAAACUUAUUUUGAAAAAAGUUAUUGAUUUUGAUUUUGAAGAAAUGCAUUUUGAAACUUACAGUAGAGCAAUCCCGUUUCUUUGCGAAUAUUACUUUGAAUGAAAUGUUUUUGUAAGCAUCUCCUUCAUUGUGUCUAUUUUGGCACCAUCCCAUUUUCACAAGUUCUGCAAGAAGGACAUUAGCCAGUUUUGUCAGUACUGCACAGUGUCGACAUUAAUUUCCUCAGCACUUAUCAGUAUAAAUCAAUUCACAGUACAAAUUAGAGUAAAUAUCGGUAUUAAUUAAUAAAAACAGAAUUUAUCAGUGAAAGUAUAUAAGUUAUAAGUAGUCAGUAAUCAAUAUCAUCUGCAUGGCAUAAAGAAGUUUUACUACUCCAUCAGUUUAUCAUGACAUAGUCAGAGCCGUCCCGUAGUACUCAUUAGUAAAUAAUGUCACUGUCAGACCUGUAGUACUCAUUAGUAAAUCAUGUCACUGUCAGACCUGUAGUACUCAUUAGUAAAUCAUGGCAUUGUUAACCCCGUCCUGUAGUACUCAUCAGUAAAUCAUGGCAUUGUUAACCCCGUCCUGUAGUACUCAUCAGUAAAUCAUGUCACUGUCAGACCUGUAGUACUCAUUAGUAAACCAUGUCACUUGUCAGACCUGUAGUACUCAUUAGUAAAUCAUGUCACUGUCAGACCCGUCCCGUAGUACUCAUUAGUAAAUCAUGUCACUUGUCAGACCUGUAGUACUCAUUAGUAAAUCAUGUCACUGUCAUACCCGUCCUGUAGUACUCAUUAGUAAAUCAUGUCACUGUCAGACCCGUCCUGUAGUACUCAUUAGUAAAUCAUGUCACUGUCAGACCCGUCCUGUAGUACUCAUUGGUUAAUCAUGACACUGUCAGACCUGUAGUACUCAUUAGUAAAUCAUGGCAUUGUUAACCCCGUCCUGUAGUACUCAUCAGUAAAUCAUGACACUGUCAGACCCGUCCUGUAGUACUCGUUGGUUAAUCAUGACACUGUCAGACCUGUCCUGUAGUACUCAUUGGUUAAUCAUGACACUGUCAGACCCGUCCUGUAGUACUCAUUGGUUAAUCAUGGCACUGUCAGACCCGUCCUGUAGUACUCAUUGGUUAAUCAUGACACUGUCAGACCCGUCCUGUAGUACUCAUUGGUUAAUCAUGACACUGUCAGACCCGUCCUGUAGUACUCAUUGGUUAAUCAUGACACUGUCAGACCCGUCCUGUAGUACUCAUUGGUUAAUCAUGACAUUGUUAAUCCCGUCCCGUAGUACUCAUUAGUAAAUCAUGGAACUGUAAGACCCUACAUGAUAGUCCCACGACAAUGAAAAGUGAAAAAAGAGAGCAAUAUCAUAAAUCCUGUACAGUAUACAGAAUCGGAAAUGGGAAAAACAUGAACCUCUGGCAACACCAGAGGUUGAAUUAAUUAGGAGUAAUCGGUAUGUGAAAACAUCCUUACAUCAGGUUUCAUUCGACCGAUUGAUAUAUUGUAUUGGCAAAUUGGAUCAUUAUAAACGACCAUAGAAUUUGCGAAUUGCUGACGUUAAAAGAAACUGUUCAAAUCCAUGUAACAUCAAUUGAUUUGUCAGUAGCCUGCCUCGAUUAAAUCAUGAUCAUAUGCAGAACAAGCUCUUGUGUAUCGAAUAAGUUGAGAGACGUAAACACCUUAAUGCAGGUGAUAAUGGGAUGUUGCUAUAUAAGUAUGAAAAGUUGUCGAUGAAGAAGCUGACAUCACCCCAUAAAGUAUAUGCGAUGCAUUAGCGUAUCUAUCUGUAGAAAGGGUUAUAAGGUAACUUAAUAGUUAUUUGUAUCCAAUUCAUGAUAAUCGUUCAUACUCUCUAGGUUUGCUUGUGUUCGCUUGCUAUAUCCGAUAUGUACACUAGGUAAUUGGAAUAAAAUGAGUUCAUACUACUGAUA